CAUACAUCGCAGCAGCAGCAGCAGCAGCAUACUUCAAGUACAAUAAGGCAGGCGGUAAGGAUAUGCUCUCCUCCUCCUCCGAAGGCGGUGAGAUAUCGAUAAACCGUUUUUCGCAUUUUUCUCCUCAUGAGCAAUUAAGCGUCUGGUGAUUUGCGAAACUUGACGCAUACGACUCUUUUGAUUGCCUAUUCACUUUUAGCCGGGAAUAUACUAUCCUCUGGAAUCCAUUCCUCUAAGAUUUCCCGCAUUCGUGACUUGUGUGUCCCGCUACUAAGUCCUUCUCUCCUCCGCUCUCCCCUCAAGAAUCACCACCACCACCACCACCACCACCACCACCUACCCCCUCAGAUCAACACCCUAAUUCCAUAAAGUCUCGAUCAAAAUGCCCGCCUCCGUCCACUCCGAAGAACAAGACCAGUCCAUGCUGGACGCCUCCGCGCCCCAGGAAGAGCAGACCGACGUCCUCGAGCUGGACGAGAAGCGCAUUGUUGUCUUGCCCGGCUCAUCCGACACCGCAGCUUCAUUCCAAUUCGAGGGAGAGGGUCACACUCUGGGUAAUGCGCUGCGAUAUGCGAUUAUGAAGAACCCCGACGUCGAAUUCUGCGGUUACACUAUCCCCCAUCCUUCCGAGACGAAGAUGAAUCUUCGGAUUCAGACUUAUGAAACAACCACCGCCGUCGAAGCCCUCGAAAAAGGUCUCGACACUCUAAUGGAUCUCUGUGAUGUCGUUACGGAUAAGUUCACCACUGCUCGGGAUGACUUUAAUGCUGCGCAGGCGGAUCGCAUGGAGGCUUAGGCAUAUAUCUUUUUUUAUUAUACAUAUUAUAGACUUUUGGGUGGUUAUUGGCUUUGAUGCUCUCUCUCUGUGUGUGUUAUGAUUUGCUAUUUGAUGGGAUUGAUGGCGUUGUGUGUGUAGAAAAGUUAUACCUUUUCCUUCUUUUUUAUUUUACUUUACUUUUCUUUAUUCUUUG